AUGCACGUGUGGCAUCACCGUUACCACACUCCGUCCGUUCACUUGCCUGGGGAGACGUUUCCUCGUGGGGGCUACAAGGGUGUGCUGGAUGGCUACGUCGAUGGGUGGCCGCAUGCCAAGUCUUGGCCGCAUCUCGCCAAGAAGAAAGGGACGGCGUCCGGUGGAGCUCGGGGGUCAAGCGGGAUGGAGCGGUUCAUGACAACCAAGCUGUCCACGGAGGAGCUACGGCAGGCGAUCGCCAAGCUGGUGGUCACCUGCGACCUCCCCUUCCGCAUCGUCGAGUCCGAGGCCUUUCGGGAGCUAUUGAUCCUGCUAAACCGCAACUGCGCACAGAAGAAUUUCAUCCCCUCGCGGUGGACGGUAUCCCGCGACACUGUGGUCUAUGCAACAGCAGCUCUCCAGUCCGCCAUUGCGGAGAUGCUGGCGAAGGAGGGGGAGUUGGGGUGCAAGGUGUCGAUCACCAUCGACAUGUGGACGGCACCCAACAACAAGGCAUGGCUAGUGGUGACUGGUCACUGGAUAGACGAGAACUUCCAGCUGCGCACAAUGGUGCUUGAGUUCCGUGAGAUGCUCGGGCGGCAUGGGGGCAGGGAGAUGGCGCAGGGCUUGUCGAAGACCGACAAGAAGAAGGUGGAGAGUUUGCGCCUGACAGACGCAGACUGGGAGACCCUGCAGGCGGUGAAGACAUUCCUAAGCCCCUUCGCCAAGGUCUCCAAGGCAGCAGAGGGGGCGGCGUACCCGACUGUGUCGAUGGUGGUGCCGUACUACAACGGCCUGAUCGACGCCAUGGAGUCGCGCCUUGCCAAGGGGCCAUCUCCGACGCUGCAGCCGAUGAUCGUGGCGGCGCUGAGCCACAUGAAGAAGUACGCGUACAUCACCAGCAACGAGUACUGGAUCGCCACCUUCUUGGACCCUUCCAUGAAGGCGGCGUGGUUCGACGACGCGCACUGGGAGAAGCUGCAUCCCGAGACCGACAGGAGGGUGAGGCCGCGUCCGGCGUCUGGCGAGGUGAUCAAGCUGGUGCGCGACCGCGUGGCCGAGUACCAGGCCCGGGCUGCAGAGCUUGCUCCACGGCCGACCCCACUUGCCCCCGUUGCGGAGGAGGAGGGAGACGAGGAGGAGGACGACGAUGACGCGCAGUUUCUCCCUAGUCGCCGACGACUUGCGGCGCGUCUGUCGGCGAGCCAGGAUGCGGGGGCGGGUGGGAUGGUGCAGGACGACGAGGUUAGCAGGUACUUGUCCGAGAGGGUGCGGUGCGACGUGACAGCGCUAGAGUACUGGCGCAGUGCCACCAACAUGCAGACGCUGAGGCGCAUGGCCCGGGAUUAUCUCGCCAUCCCUGCCACGUCCGCUUCGAGCGAGGGCCGCCGACCGAGAGGCGUCGCACCACCAGAGUUCGCCAUUGAGGGCGAGGGGGCAGUGGAGGAUGACGAGGAGGAGGAGGAGGAGGGUGUGGAGGCUGACGACACAGCUGGUGGAGAGGAUGCUGUUGUUGGUAGUAGCAGUGCAGUGGCGCUUUAG